AUGUCGGGCGGUCAAGCAAAUGGCUCCGAUGGCCUAGUUGGUGUGACCGCGUCUUAUUCCUUGACAUUCCUCAUUGGGUCCCCAGCUCGUGUCAGACUCCCCUAUCCGAUCGAUCCUCAGGCCUGGGAGCACCACAACUACGUUAAGAAGUGGGGUGCCACUAUUGGCUGGCCCAUGCUCGUCUCCGAGUCGAAGAGGGGCAUCGCCUUCGUAGCCACCAUGUUUUUGUCGGUCUGGGCGCUUGGUGGUUCAGGUCCAAGUGGCGUUUCCGACGCAUUGAUUCUUUUCUUGAUUUCAUGUCCUUUGGCCGACUAUAAGGAUCUUUUUUGGACCACAGCAUCAUGGAAACGUCGCGACGAAGAUAUACGACCGCGCAAAGGGCCAGAGGAUGGAUAUCCCGGCCAUCUUCGAGGAUCCGCCGUGGAACUCCCACGUGUACGCGUGCGGGAGGCGAAAGCGCGCGGGCUCGGGGAGGACGAGGUGUAUUUCGAGGCUUUCGGCGCGGAUACGAGCGGCGACCCGUCCGAGGUCGAGGUCACGUCUGCUCGGGGAACGAAGAAGAGUAGUAGUGAAGUUUUAAAGGUGGGCGAGGAGGAGACGCUGCUGGAGGUUUUGAAGAAGCAUUUCGCAGACGAGGACGUACCGUCUAGCUGCGCGGUAGGGAACUGUGGGACGUGGAAGGUGGUGUUGAGGAGUGGGCGCGUGGAUUAUAGGGGCAUGACGCAGAUGGAGGAGGAGAGGAAGGAUGCGAUGUUGAGUUGUGUUAAUAGCAAUCCUACCAAUCCCCUUACAAAGAUCUAA